GCAUGAUGCAUUGCCUUAUCUCAUCAAUCUUUGUAAAACAUACAAACAAGCAUGAUGUGGCCUUACAUUUAUCAAAAAAAAGCAUGAUGUGGCCUUACCUCAUCAAUCUUCAGUCUAAAGCCAAGGUGAAGACUGCACAUAUAUACACAUGUAUAUUUAUGCAUCUUCCCUUCUGUAUCUUGUCCUAUCAUUUCCUACUUGAGUCUUUCCUGGUUUAUCCAGUAUGGCUCAAUUGGUUGGUGAUGAUGAGAUAGAAUCACUGAGAAUUGAACUUGCAGAGAUAGGAAGAAGUUUGAGGUCAUCGUUUCAGCGCCAUACCUCUAGUUUCAGAAGCAUUUCAGCUUUGAGUUCUGUAAAGGAUGUUGAUGAUGAAUACGCCUUACAGUGGGCUGCAAUUGAGAGACUGCCUACAUUUGAGAGGUUGAGAUCAUCUUUGUUUGAUGAAAAUGAUGGAAGCAAAGUUGAUGCGCAAGGAAAACGAAUAGUCGAUGUUACUAAGCUUGAUGCUCUAGAACGAAAUAUGUUUAUUGACAAGCUCAUCAAACAUAUUGAGAAUGACAAUCUUCGCUUGUUGCAUAAACAGAGAAAAAGAAUAGACAAGGUUGGUGUAAAAUUGCCGACAGUGGAAGUGAGAUAUAACAAUUUGCGAGUGGAAGCAGAGUGUGAGGUGGUUCAUGGCAAGCCCCUUCCAACUCUAUGGAAUUCUUUCAAAAGCAUUCUUUUUGAUUUGGUCAAGCUUCCUGGUAUGAAGUCACAAGAGGCCAGGAUUACCAUCGUUGAUGACAUCAGUGGAAUCAUUAAGCCUGGAAGGAUGACUUUGCUGCUUGGUCCUCCAGGAUGCGGAAAGACUACUUUAUUGAAAGCACUUUCUGGAAAUCUAAACAAAUCUCUCAAGGUUGCAGGAGAAGUUUCUUAUAAUGGGUACAAAUUGGAAGAGUUUAUUCCCCAGAAAACUUCUGCAUAUAUAAGUCAAAAUGACAUACACAUCCCUGAAAUGACUGUGAGGGAAACACUUGAUUUUUCAGCUCGCUGUCAGGGCGUAGGAAGCCGAGCAGAUAUUAUGAUUGAGGUCAGCGAAAGGGAGAAACAAGCAGGAAUUGUUCCAGACCCAGACAUAGAUACUUACAUGAAGGCAAUUUCUGUUGAAGGACAAAAGACAACCCUCCAGACUGACUACAUCAUAAAAAUUCUGGGACUUGAUAUCUGUGCUGACACAGUGGCUGGAGAUGCCAUGAGAAGAGGUAUCUCAGGUGGUCAAAAGAAGAGAUUGACCACAGGCGAGAUGAUUGUAGGUCCCACAAAAGCUCUGUUUAUGGAUGAAAUAUCAAAUGGCUUAGACAGUUCCACCACAUAUCAGAUUGUUGCUUGUCUUCAACAGCUAGCACAUAUUGCAGAUGCUACUAUACUUGUGGCACUUCUUCAGCCUGCACCAGAAACCUUUGAUCUCUUUGAUGACAUUAUCUUGAUGACGGAAGGGAAGAUUGUGUAUCAUGGACCCCGUAGUCAUAUUCUAGAAUUUUUUGAGGAUUGUGGGUUUAGGUGUCCUGAAAGGAAAGGGGUGGCCGACUUCCUCCAAGAGGUUAUGUCAAAAAAAGAUCAAGCUCAGUACUGGCACCAAGCUGAACAACCUUGCAAUUACAUUUCUGCUGAUAUGUUCUCCAAGAAAUUCAAGGAAUCUAACUUUGGGAAAAAGCUAGACGACGAAUUAUCAAAGCAGUUUAUGAAGUCUCAGAGCCACAAGAAUGCAAUUUCUUUUAGCAUAUAUUCUCUUUCUAAAUGGGCACUCUUUAGAGCUUGCAUCUCAAGGGAACUUCUUCUCAUGAGGAGGAAUUCUUUUAUUUAUGCAUUCAAAUCAGUCCAGCUUGUUAUCAUUGCAUCUAUCACAAUGACUGUAUUUUUGAGAACCCGACUGGCUGUUGAUGCCAUUCAUGCAAACUAUUAUCUGGGUGCUUUGUUCUAUGCUCUCAUCAUGCUUUUUUUUGAUGGAUUUCCGGAGCUGUCCAUGACUGUUGGAAGACUUGCAGUUUUCUACAAACAGCGAGAUUUGUACUUCUAUCCAGCUUGGGCAUAUGCAAUCCCAGCCACCAUUCUCAAGGUUCCUCUUUCAAUGUUGGUAGCUCUAGUUUGGACAUCUCUGACUUAUUAUGUCAUUGGAUACAGUCCUGAGGCUGGAAGGUUCUUUCGCCAGUUCCUUCUAUCUUUUGCGGUACACUUAGCAGCAACAUCCAUGUUUCGUUUCUUAGCAUCGAUUUUCCGCACCGUGGUUGCUUCUAACACAGCUGGGAGUAUGUUGAUCUUGUUUGUCUUUUUAUUUAGUGGUUUCCUUAUCCCAAAAUCCUCUAUGCCAACUUGGUUGAGGUGGGGAUUUUGGCUUUCCCCGAUGACAUAUGGUGAGAUAGGCCUUGCUUUAAAUGAAUUUCUUGCUCCAAGAUGGCAAAAGACAUUGACAGCGAAUACUACCAUAGGGCAAGAAACACUUGAAAGCCGUGGAUUGCACUUUCACGGAUACUUAUUUUGGAUAUCAUUUGGCGCCUUACUUGGAUUUAUAAUAAUUUUCAACAUUGGAUUUACCUUGGCCUUAACCUUCUUAAACCCUCCUGGUUCUCGUGCUAUUAUUUCAAAUGAAAAGCUUUCCCAAAUUCAAGGAUCUGAAGAUUCCUCCAGUGCUGCCAAUGCAGAAGCAAAAUCUACAGAUUCUCCUAACAAUACUACACAAUCUCAUGAAGGUCUAGUGGUUUUACCUUUUGAACCCCUAACUCUGGUGUUUCAAAAUGUGCAAUACUAUGUUGACACCCCUGCGGCAAUGAGAGAAAGGGGGUUCACUCAGAAAAAACUCCAACUUCUUUGUGACAUUACAGGUGCAUUUAGGCCUGGUGUUCUUACAGCAUUGAUGGGUGUCAGUGGAGCUGGGAAAACAACUCUUAUGGAUGUUCUUGCUGGAAGAAAAGCUAGUGGCACUAUUGAAGGAGAUAUUAGAAUUGAAGGGUUUCCCAUGGUUCAGGAGAUGUUUGCGAGGAUUUUGGGUUACCGUGAGCAAACCGACAUACAUUCUCCACAAAUUACAGUUGAAGAAUCAGUGGUUUAUUCUGCUUGGCUGCGUCUGCAUCCUGAAAUUGAUUCAAAAACUAAAUUUGAAUUUGUGAAAGAAGUCCUUGAGAUCAUUGAGCUUGAUGAAAUCAAAGAUUGCUUGGUUGGCAUGCCCGGUGUUAGUGGUUUAUCAACUGAGCAGAGAAAGCGGCUUACGAUAUCCGUGGAGCUUGUUGCUAACCCCUCUAUUAUUUUCAUGGAUGAACCUACAACUGGAUUGGAUGCAAAAGCAGCUGCAAUUGUUAUGCAAGCAAUGAAGAACGUGGCUGAACCAAGCAUUGACAUGUUUGAAGCAUUUGAUGAGUUAAUUCUAUUGAAAUCCGGCGGACGAAUUAUUUACUCUGGACCACUCGGUCAACAUUCAAGCAGUGUCAUUGAAUAUUUUGAGGAUAUCUCAGGGGUGCAAAAGAUAAAAAAUAAUUACAAUCCAGCAACAUGGAUGUUAGAUGUCACUUCUACAUCGGCAGAAGCUGAACUUGGUGUUGAUUUCGCCCAAGUUUAUAAGAACUCUGUCUUGUAUCAGAACAAUAAAGAACUUGUAAAUAGGUGGAGUACCCCACCUCCUGAUUCCAAAGAGUUGUAUUUUGCAACCCGCUUUGCACAAAAUGGUUGGGGACAGUUCAAAUGCUGCCUCUGGAAGCAACACCUGUCUUAUUGGAGAAGUCCUGCAUACAACUUGCAGCGUUUCGUGUACAUGACUUUCGCAUCUUUGCUUUUCGGGGUACUGUUUUGGGAUCAAGGAAAGAAAUUAAAGAACCAGCAGAGCCUUUUCAAUGUAUUUGGUUCAAUGUUCUCCACUACAAUAUUCUUGGGCAUAAAUAAUUGCUCAUCAAUUUUACCAUAUAUCUCAACGGAGCGAUCUGUUUUGUUUCGGGAAAGGUUUGCCGGGAUGUAUGGUUCGUGGGCUUAUGCACUUGCUCAGGUCACGAUUGAGAUUCCCUAUCUCCUAGCAAUAUCAAUUGCAUUUGUGGUUAUUACAUAUCCAAUGAUUGGGUAUUAUUGGUCAGCUUAUAAGGUUUUCUGGUAUUUUUAUGCCAUGUUUUGUACAUUACUAUACUUCAGUUAUCUGGGAAUGCUGCUUAUUGCAAUGACACCGAGCUUUCCAGUGGCUGCAAUUUUACAGUCCGCCUUCUACACAAUUUUCAACCUGUUCGCUGGAUUUCUGAUACCUCAACCGCAAAUUCCCAAGUGGUGGAUUUGGUUGUAUUAUAUAAAUCCGACUGCUUGGACACUAAACGGUAUGCUUACAUCGCAGUAUGGAGAUAUAGACCAGAACAUUAAGGUGUUUGGAGAAACCAAAACUGUUGCGGCCUUUUUAAGAGAUUAUUUUGGAUACAGACAUGAUCAGUUACCCAUUGUAGCUGUUAUGCUCCUUAUUUUCCCCAUUGUUUUUGCUUCUCUGUUUGCAUUCUGCAUAGGGAAGUUGAACUUCCAGAGGAGAUGAAUCUUGCAAAUCUAUUUGUUUGUAUCUUAGUGAAUGGAUUGUUUGUCACAUUGUAAUUGUUUCAUCUAGCUUAUGUAUAAUAGUACCGUGACUGUUAUGAAGCUGUGGCAAUUUGGGUGUUCAAAGUAAUCAUAAA